GACAUUGUCAUUGUUCUUAGUUGAACAUGGGUGAGAAGGAGGAAUGUGAUCAGACAGGGUCUGUGGGAGGUCUUAGCUAGUCUGAGCCAAAGGUCCUUAAUUUAGAGCCUUAAGCUGCUAGAUAACAAGAGGCUUUAGUCCAGGCACUUGGUGCUGGUAUAGCCUUUGUCUCCUGUGUGUGAUGGGAAUAGUAACUUUUCCACUUCUGAACCUUCUCAGUUGCUGUGAGGAUGGUGAUUGUGAGUGACACCCUCACAGUUCCAGUGUUCAGGGCCCUGGCAUUCUCUAUUGUUUAGGCUCUUUAAAAGGUGGAACUAGAGAGUAUCAGUGUGCCAUGGUUCCUGAGAGCUGUCCUUACCUGUCUCUGUUCCUUGUGUCCCAUCCCUCUUCAUCUUCUUCCUUUUCUACCCUACCUUCCAUUUAUGUUCUGGCUUUUCCUUGUGCCAGUUCUGGAAAAGGCUCUACUUCUCCAGGCCCAGGUAUUCUACCAGGCCCCAAGUUGUGCCCCUUGCCUUGCUUGGACCACUCCUUACAGGAUGUUCUCUGCGGCCUUGGACCCCGAUGGGACCGUGUUCCGGCUCCGCUUCACAGCCUUUGUCUGGUGGGUCAUCACUUUUCCCCUGUUUGGCUUCUUCUUCUGCAUCAUCUGGUCUCUGGUGUUCCACUUUGAGUACACGGUGGCCACUGACUGUGGGGUGCCCAAUUACCUGCCAUCAGUGAGCUCUGCCAUUGGUGGAGAGGUUCCCCAGCGCUACGUGUGGCGUUUCUGCAUUGGCCUGCACUCGGCACCCCGCUUCUUGACAGCCUUCGCCUACUGGAACCACUACCUCAGCUGUGCAUCCCCAUGCCCCGGCUAUCGCCUUCUCUGCCGCCUCAACUUCAGCCUCAAUGUGGUGGAGAACCUCGCGCUGCUCGUGCUCACCUACGUAUCCUCUUCUGAGGACUUCACCAUCCACGAAAAUGCUUUCAUUGUGUUUAUCGCGGCAUCCCUCAGUUACAUGCUCCUCACCUGCAUUCUCUGGCGGCUGACCAAGAAGCACACAGAUCGUAAGUCCUACAGCUGGAAACAGCGGCUCUUCAUCAUCAACUUCAUCUCCUUCUUCUCGGCGCUGGCUGUCUACUUCCGGCACAACAUGUAUUGUGAGGCUGGAGUGUAUACCAUCUUCGCCAUCCUGGAGUACACUGUUGUCCUAACCAACAUGGCGUUCCACAUGACAGCCUGGUGGGACUUUGGGAACAAAGAGCUGCUAAUAACUUCUCAGCCUGAGGAAAAGAGAUUCUAACCCUUUCUCUGAUGCUGGAAAACAAGAAACCACUCUGGCCUUCCCCAUCUCCAUGUCCUCUCUGGGCCCUUCUCAAUCUGGGGACUGGGAGAGAAGAGCGGGAAGGGGUAUGACAAGGCCGACCCCAGCACUGCUGACUUCUCCCCACCACUCAUGGGGAUCUUCAAGAAGCAUCACCAUUCACUGAAAGGUCCUAAAAAACUGAGCUGGCAGGAAAGCUCCACCACUUGGUGCUAAAAACAGUCCUAAGGUUCAUGACUACCUAGCUUUUGACCUUUAUAUAGACACUUUUCACUAAGGUUAGGGUCCAGAGCAGUGGCUGCUACCUGAAGAUUACAGCUGUUUCUGCCUGGUCAUUCAUCUGACUGAUGUGUCUAGCGAUCUACCAUGCACACCCAGUGUGUACACCCAGGUGGUCGUUCCACAGAUUUGCACAGGUGUUCUAGAUGUAUCCCCUUCCCCUUCAGCCUCAUCGUGUUCCCGUGUGACUGGGGGACGUUCUAAGGGCUUUGUCUCUGAGGUCAUCCAAUGGAAGUAGUGUUGUGCUUUGUGCUUGACAGAUAACUUGUCCUAGAAGAAGCAUCAAGUGUAGGGUAUAUUUUUCUUUCCCAUCUAAAACCUCUGGCUCUUUGGAAUAUGUCUGUAAUCCCAGCACAUUGGAGGCUGAGAUGGGUGGACUGCUUUAGGGUCCAUGCCAAUCUGGGCUACACAGUAAUGGUGGCACAUGCCUUUAAUCCCAACACAGCAAAGACAAGCAAAUAUCUGUUAAGUUCAAGGCCAGCCUGGUCUACGUGAGUUUUAGGUCAGCAGGGGCUGAAAAAAAAAAUUAACCCUAAAAUCAGGCUUAUAAGACCUUUCCCUCCUUUGGCAAGGAGGGAGGGGUCAGAGGUAAUUGCCCUUCUCCAGAAUGGGUCCCUUGGCUUCCUUUGUCCUCCCCACUGUCCCAGGUCCCCAGCUUUUAUUUGUAUAUUUUAUUUCAAAGGACAA